UCGAAUGAACGUGGAGACGUGGACAUCGAGGAAGACGUAUAAACGUAGUCAACAAGUAGAAUGCAUUUGACAGUUCUCUUCCAAAACCAAUAACACAAAUAAAAGUAAAAACGCUGUUAAAACCAAAGGUACAAUGCUUCGACGCGUCUUCAAUAGCCUAGUAGAGACAGCCCUGCUACCACAAACCGACUCUGCGAUCUAUCCAAACCCGUUUACUAAACCCGAAACUAUUCCCUUCGGCUGGUUGUCAAGCGUCGCUCCAUGUUUUCCUCUGCAUGCCAAAAACAUAUCCAUUUUGUCAGAGCCCCAUCAGUUCUACGAAGCGAUCAAGUACGGCUGUGUUAACGCGAAAAAACGGAUAGUUUUAGUUAGUUUGUAUCUGGGGACGGGGCAUUUGGAGAAGAGCCUCGUUACGACGCUACUGGAGAAUGAGAAUUUUAAACGUGGGGAGCUAAUGGUGAAUGUUUUACUGGAUUUUAUGCGGGGGAGUCGGUUUGAGAAUAACUCACGGACUAUGUUAAAGCCGUUGUUGCAGUCGCAAAGUCAAAACUGUAGUGUUUCGCUUUACCACACUCCUGCGUUUAGAGGGGUUUUGAGAAAAGUCACUCCGAACAGAUGGAACGAGUUGUGCGGGUUGCAGCACAUGAAGUUGUACGUUUUUGAUGAUGUUCUCGUGAUUAGUGGGGCGAAUUUAUCAAAUGAUUAUUUUACGAAUCGACAAGAUAGGUAUUUUGUGAUUAAAGAUAGGAGGCUGUGUGAUUUUUACUGUGGUUUGGUGAAGAAAGUACAGACGUUUAGUUUAAAAAUGGACGAGUUGGAUAAUGUCGGUUUGGCGGAGACGUGGGAUCAGUUACCCUACGAUGGACGUAAAAGUGACUUUGUCGGUAAGGCUGGCGAUAUGGUUGAAAGAUACCUGUUAGAGGCCAAAGAUGAACGUAAUAUUCACAAAGAAGAGGGCUUUGAUACGUGGAUUUACCCUUUGGUACAAAUGGGGCAACUAGGAAUAGAGCAAGACUCCCAAACUACUGAUCGAAUUCUGGCUGAAGCCCCCAAAAAUUCCACUCUUCGAAUAGCCACAGGCUACUUCAACCUCACCAGUCAAUACAUGUCAACUUUGAUCAACCAAAAUGAGGCCAACUGCGAUAUUUUAAUGGCACACCCUAAAGCUAAUGGUUUUCUUGGGGCCAAAGGGCCUGCAGGAGGCAUUCCCUUCGCAUACUCUCUCAUCGCACAAAAAUUCCAAAAACAGUUUGAAAAACGGCGCCAAGAGAACAGGAUAAAUUUGCUUGAAUAUUUGAGGGACGGUUGGACUUACCACGGGAAGGGUUUAUGGUACUACCCUCAUAAAAACGACCAUCCGUGUAUGACUUUGAUUGGUUCCCCUAAUUUUGGGGAGAGGUCUGUCAACAGAGAUUUAGAAACACAGUUAGCUAUAGUUACCGAGAAUCCAGAAUUAAAGCAGAAAUUGCAUGAAGAGUGCGAGAAAUUGUAUAGGUUUGGAUAUAAGGCGGAGACUGAUAGGGCUGUGCCUGGGUGGGUGCAUGGGUUUGUCUUUUUCUUUAGAAAUUUUUUCUGAAUUAAGUGAGGUAAUUGUUGUUUCUUUACUAUAAUUUAUUGUCUAUUUAUUUUGUUGAAUAUUUAAUGUGAAGCGUACAGUCAAUUAAAGUGUUGAAGUCAAAAUGAAAAAAAAA